CUCAAGACAUUUCUAGAAAAGAUCAACCUUAGUUUGUGCGUCAGAUAUGUCAACCCAAACCUAAACGAAAAUACGACUACUGAAAAUAUAAGUAUAAAAGAGCCAAUUUAUUGAGAUUCAGGAUCAAAGUUCAGAAAAUUUUGAAAAUGUCGUUAUUAAUUUCUUGAAAGAACUAGAGAUUGAUAUAAAAAAAUGUAGAGGCCAAGGGUAUGAUGAGGCUGCCAACAUGAGUGGUAAAUAUUCAGGUCUUCAAGCAAGAAUCAAAAGUAAAGUACCAACUGCCGAUUUUAUUCACUGUGCUGUACAUAAUCUAAAUCUUGUUUUAAAUGAUUCAGUGCAAAAUAUCACUGAAAUCAGAAUUUUUUAUGGACUGUUGGAAUCAAUUUAUUUGUUCUUUAGCCAAAGUUUGCCACGAUGGCAGGAGUUGAAUAAAACAAUACAAAAACAAUGGAACAAUUUACAAAAUUUAAAAAACUAUGUCCUACUAGAUGGGCAUCUCGAUUUGAUUGCCUAUGUGCUUUACGAAUUAACUAUAAAUCCGUGAUGCAGUGCCUGUCGACAUUAAGUUUAUUUUCCAAAAAACAAAUCGAUAGAGUUGAAGCUAACUCCAUCCAAAAUAAAACGAACAAGUAUGAUUUUAUUUUGCUUCUUGUAUUUCAAAGUAGAGUUCUGGAAAGUAUAAAUUUAGUUUCAAAGCAGCUGCAAGGCUCAACUUUUGAUAUUGGACGAGCAUGUGACCUAAUCCGUUACGCAAAAGAAAAUUUAUUAGGCAUGAAAGAAAGUUUUAAUGAUUUGGAGAAGGAAGCCUGCAAUUUGGGCAAAAUCUUGGGACAUUGAACCAAAACUAAC